AUGGCUUCCAAUCAGAGCUCCGAUGGCCUCUCUGCCAUAGACAGCCUGCGGAAGCUCGAGACCGACGCCGAGGUCUUGCGCAGGGAGGCUCACAACAUGGACCAGGCAGAACUCCUACGGAAUCAGCAGGCCCUGCAGAGGAGACUUUCGCUGUUGAGCGACCACCUUCAAAGACCUGCCACUAUACAUUCUAUCGAAGUGCACGGCGCAAAGAACACUCGGAAAGGCUUCCUGGAUCCUCUUUUUGUGCCGCUUGUCGACAGUCAGCGCAAUGCUGCAACGACGCUGGGCGAGGUCCUGGCCGGCAUACAAGAGGUUACGGACAAGCUGGGGCGAUUUGAGAUCUUCCAGGCCGAACCAGCAGUUUUCCUGUCUGAUGCUCGAGAAUCCAGUCCGCAUGCCGCAGGUACCGACAUCGAUGUCUCAAUACGUGUUGCCGAGAAGUCCCGAUUUCUCCUGAAGACCGGCACCGAGCUUGGCAACACUGAGGGCUCCGGUUACAUCAACCUGUUAUGGAGGAAUAUGUUUGGUGGGGCUGAACAGCUGUCCGUCAACACGAGUGCUGGAACACGAACACGAUCGGCCUACAGCGCCUCUCUCUCUGCCCCUGUCAAGGGCAAUCCCGAUGUUCGCCUCUCGGUGGAAGGUCUGUCGUCCGACACGCAAAAAACCUGGGCAAGCCAUGAGGAGGUCUCCAAGGGCGCCACAGUGCGAACUGCAUGGCUCUCCCAAACACGCGAUCUGCACAACCUGGCCUACUCCAGCACAUGGCGGCAGAUUACUGGUCUCAGCGCUGCAGCCUCGCCCACCGUCAGGGCGGAUGCUGGCGACAGCAUGAAAAGCUCCAUUACGUACACAUUCACCCGCGACCGCCGAGACAACCCGAUGCUGCCCCAGAGCGGCUAUCUGGUGAAGGCGAUUACGGAGCUGGCGGGCGUUGGACCCCUGCGGGGCGAUGUCGCGUUCUCAAAGUCAGAGUUCGAGAUUGCAGGAGCUAUGCCAGUGCCGCUGCCUGGAGUGAGCAGCAGCAGCCAGACGGGCAUCUCGAUCGGGGGCGGCCUGCGCUUCGGUGCUCUCUGGCCCCUCCCUCUAGGCUGGUCUCCCAAGGGCGAGAUUAUACCGAGUCUGAUUAACGACCGCUUCCAGCUCGGCGGUCCGACCGAUGUGCGCGGAUUCAAGAUUGGUGGUCUGGGCCCCCGAGACGGGAACGAUUCCGUUGGCGGCGAUGUCUAUGCAGCAGGCAGCGUGAAUAUGCUCCUCCCCCUCCCACGGACAGGAGUGGACUCGCCGUUACGACUACAGGUAUUUGCAAACGGAGGCCGUCUGGUUGCACUCGAGAACAGAACAACGGCCAGAGAAAAAGAGAGCAAGGGUCUCGCCAUGGCUCCCAGCGCAGUGAGGAGCGGCAUGAUAAGGGCGCUUGGCGAGUUGGCCAACGGCCUGCCCAGCUUGUCCGCAGGGUUUGGACUGGUCUACGCCGCACAGGUCGCCAGAUUCGAGCUGAACUUCAGUCUUCCCCUUGUGCUGAGACGAGGAGAGCAAGGCCGCAAGGGUCUUUCGGUUGGCGUCGGCAUCGACUUUAUGUGAACGAACGAUGCGAUGGCAGCCUCAGGCAACGAGGCAGUCAUGUGAAAAGGCGAGAAGGCACAAGAUGAAAUUAGCUAAGGGAAGGAGGGAAAAAAUUUCA